AUGGAUGAAAUUGCGAGCUUGAUUAAGCAGAGAGGCCGCGUUAAGGCCAAACUUACUACAUUCGGUAAUUUUCUUUCUCUGUUAGUUAUAGAACCAGAAAAACAACUGGAAUUAAGCAGUCGUUUAGAGAAAGCCGAAAAAUUAUGGAAUGAGUUUGAAUUGUUGCAAAAUAAAAUAGAGGAUUUAGAUGAUUCUGAAGCUCAAACGCACCAGCGUAUAAAUUUUGAGGAUUCGUACCACGAAUUGAUAAGCAGGGCUCGACAAAUCAAGUUGAAAGAACGCCCAACGAGUCCUCAGCUCGCAACAGGUAUGCCUCAAGCAGUAAUUCCGCAACCAGCUGUCGUAAUUGAACCUGCAAUCGCUCAAACGCGCACGAUAUUGCCAACCAUAGAUUUGCCUAAAUUUGACGGUAACUAUGAGCGGUGGGUACCGUUUAGAGACUUAUUUGAAUCACUUAUAGCAACAAGUCUAGCUCUUUCAGCUGUUCAAAAAUUAUAUUAUUUGAGAUCUGCACUGACCGGUGAAGCAGCUAAGGUGAUAACCUCGUUAGAAAUAACCAACGAUAAUUAUGUAAUCGCUUGGGAAUUAUUAAAAAAUAGAUACGAGAAUAAGCGUUUAAUAGUGCAACAUCUAAUUCAAACGUUGCUCGAUUUGCCGUCCAUCAAUAAAGAAUCUUAUGCAGGUUUAAGGCAGUUAGUAGACAACGUGUCUCAGCAUGUUCAAACUUUAUCAAAGCUGGAGCAACCUGUUGGGAGCUGGAGUACAUUGCUAAUUCACAUUAUAUUACCAAAAGUGGACAGGGGUUCACGGAGGGAGUGGGAAUUAAAACGAUCCAAAAUGGAGGAAUUCCCCACUCUAACAGAAUUUAUAGAUUUUUUAAUAAAUCGUAGUACUUUUUUAGAAGCAUUGUCUCAUGCAAAUCGCAAUGUGCAGCCCUCUGGCGAUACUUGCAAUAAUAAG